UUCUGCCGUUAGUCUGAAGGUUUGGCUACGCGUGACUAGGCUCUCCAUGACCUUCCUGACGUGAAGCACGUCUCGUGUUCUCGAGGUAUUCCAACCUCCUGAAAUGUUGGAGGAUUGGAAAUGGCAAAGAAUUCAAGAUAAACGACUCCUCCGAGUUUGCUUUUUGCUAAAGCCACUUCACUGGGAACAAUGGUGAAGUAUUUCAACUGUGCAGCCUCUCUUAAAGGCACAUGGGACCAAGUUUCUCAAGCCUUCUGGCAAAGAUACCCAAAUCCGUACAGUAAUCAUGUGUUGACCGAAGACAUCAUCUUUCGGGAGGUUACUCCUGAUAAUCGCCUCAUUUCCCGGCGACUCUUGACCAAAACCAGCCGAGUGCCACGUUGGGCAGAAAAGUUUUUGCCCGGCCACAUGGCACGCAAGGCCUACAUCAUCGAGGACUCUGUAGUGGAUCCCCAAAAAAGGACCACGGUCUCUUUUACCUGGAACAUCACUCAUGCACGUCUCAUGUCCGUGCAGGAGCGCUGUGUGUACACAGUCAGCCUUGACAACAGCAACAUGACAGAGGUCAAGAGAGAAGCGUGGAUCUCCUCCAACCUCUGCGGCUUUUCCAGAGCUGUUCAGGAAUUUGGCCUUGCCCGGUUUAAGAGCAGUGUAGUAAAGACCAUGAAAGGAUUUGAAUACGUCUUGGCCAGAAUGCAAGGUGAAACGCCCACAAGAACACUGGCAGAGACUGCAACAGAGAAGGCUCGAGAAACGGCUCUCGCUGCUAAAGAGAAGGCGAAAGGCCUGGCCUCUCAUGCACAGAAAAAACAAUAUGUAUGAUUUUGAGACUUUGAUGGGGGCACCAUCUUUCUAAGCUUGUGCCGGGUUUCAUCUACUGCACCCAUUCCCUCACUUACGCCCUUCAAUUUUUAUCACUAACUUAUCAGUAAAUUGGAUUCGGUUGUGGAUGCAUGAUCCUGUCACGGCUCACGUAGUCAGCAUUUUUAUACAAUGUGAGUGGCUAUGUUCAGAUAGGUAGCAGAAAUCGGAUUUAUAAGGGUAUCCUGUUUUGGUGGGAAACAUCAGGGUGGGUUUUUUUCCCCCCCAUAUGGAUUUAAACCUCAUUUUUAUCUUUAUUUCAGAUUUCAGGGCAUUGUUAAGAAGUGUAGACAGUGUUGCAGCAGUACAUUAGUAAUAACCGCAUAAGGCGGUUUAGUUUACAUUAUCUGUGUUAAAUAUAUAUAUAUGACGGGGCAUUGCUGUUAUAUAAAACAUGAUCCUUAAUGUCCUUUUCUCACCUACAUAAAUACUAUAUCAUUCAAAUAUUUUAGAUUAAAUGUGCCACCCAGCUUUCUAACUAGUGUGGACGUUUAGUCUGAAAUGAACAUUUUAAAGAAAUGAUCUGUUUUGUUAUGCUGUCUGAACAUAGCCUAUGUGUUUCUGCUCCUAUCCUAAUUUACAAGAUAUUUUAAAAUCAUUUUGUUAAUUAAUAUAUAUAUUUUUUUAAUUGUUUUUUUUUUUUUUUUUUCCUAUUUGUUAAUUAUGAAGAAUAUCAUCUCAGAAUCCAGGUUCAGAUGUGCUCUUAGCUUUAAAAAAAAUCAUCUUUCUGUUUUGCUGUAUAUGAUUUUAUUGCUUCAAAUUGAAGUGAUAUGAGCGUUGCCGGGGUCCACAUUACAAAAGUCAUUGCCCAUGUCUGCUGCACAAAGAAAGAAACACAAACGAUAUAAUUGCAGCAAGAUGGCAAUGCCUGGGUAUAUGCUUGAAUCUUAGUGUUUUAAAGUUAUACACUAUAUUGCCAAAAAUUUUGGGAAACCCCUUCAAAUCAUUGAACUCGGGUGUUGUUUUUCAGGGUUUGGCCCCUUAGUUCCAGUGAACUAAGGAACUCUUAAUGCUUCAGUAUACCAAGACAUUUUGGACAAUUUCAUGCUCCCAACUUUGUGGGAACAGUUUGGGGAUGACCCCUUCCUGUUCCAUCAUGACUGCACACCAGUGCACAAAGCAAGGUCCAUAAAGACAUGAGUGAGUUUGGUGUGAGGAACUCGACUGCCCUGCACUUGACCGAGUCCUGACCUCAACCCCAUAGAUUCUUCUAGAAGCACAUUUGUGAGGUCAGGCACUGAUGUUGGACCUGGGUUCACAAGAGUUUCUUUCACUGGAACUAUUCAAUUAUAUGGAGGGGGUGUUCCAAAACUUUUGGCAAUGUAGUGUAUUUACUGGGAAAACAAAUCCUGAAAUAUAAAGUACAUACUGUUUAAUGUUGAAUCUGUGAAGCUCUUAAUUCAGUAGCAUUUGCUUACUGUCAAUAAAAACUUUUUUAAUCAAA